GUCUGCUUACAGUGCUGUAAAAUAUAGACCUAAUUAAAUAGGUUGGCAGCACCACUUUGUGUGUGACGUCAUUAUAGCCUGGGCAGUAUUGACAAGCUGUAUGGCGGCAACGAAUUGUAUCGUAACUGACUUGUCACUAAAUACCGGUUACUUGACUGACUAGUGCAACGAGUUGGCAGCCUUACUUUGACAACAACAUAUAACUCACAAUAAUGCACUAGAUUGCAGCAGCUGAUUGAAUUGUAGCGCAGGUGUCACCAGCCACAACAGACACCCAUCGAAACAACAGCACCAUCAUUAGCGACAUCAACAACAACAACAAAAACAACAACAACAUCAGCUGUACAAACAUUAAUUUAAGACAAAUUCGGGGUGGGGGGCUGACGACUGACUACGGAAGACGGUCGCCUAAAAUACACGGAAGUGUUUUCUUGUUAGAAACUCGAUUGAAAAUCACCUUCGGUGCGUAUUGAGCCAUGGCCGAUGCUGGUGGCAUGCCCGAAAAUGCGGCCGAAAUAGCUGUAGCAAAUGCAAUCAAUAACAUCAACGGCCGCAAUCGUGUGCUCGCUGGCGGCGUGGUAGCAGGCGGUGUAGGAGUAGGAGGAGGUGUUGGCCAAAAUAACAUGAUGAACAUGCGGGAUCGCCUUUUUCAUGCCAUUUACUUUCGUGUUGCGGCCACCUAUGCAGAGCUAGUGCCGCGCAAGGUACAACUGGCAAUUGAGUUCUUGCUACUGCUGAAGGCUUUGGUGUUCUUCUUCACCUUGGUGUACAUACAUACGGCAUUUAUAAAGAAUCCCUGCACCUGCCUGCAGGAUGUACAGAACUGGCCACGCGAUGGCGUUAUACGAGUGGAAAUAAUACCACACUUGACCGAGAAACGCGCCAUAUGGCAGCGCAUUAAAACCGAUCAGCAGCUGGUGCUGGCACUCAAGCAUACUUACCACUACGGCGUCGGACCGCAAACACUGGACAAUCACAACAGGCUGAAGCGCUACGAGACGAUAUUGCGCAAACUGGGCUUGCCGGUGCGUCCCAAUUUCGCCUAUGGCAACGAGAGCUUGUACUAUUAUUUCGAUGCCAUCAAUAUACUGGAUAGUUACGAUCAUCCCAGCGCAAUACCGAUCAAGGCUGACGACGAUGAUGAUGAGCAAUACAUAGUUGAGUAUUCGCUGGAAUAUGGACACCUGCGUCUGUCGGCAGACACGCGCAAGAGAUUGAACAUACCCGUGCUGACUGUGCAGCUGGAUCCGAAUACAAAUGCCUGCUUUGGGGAUAGACUGACUCGCUACCUGCUCAAGCGUUUGCUGGGCUAUGAUGAUUUGCUAAUGGCUUCGGUGCGCACUGUUGCCGAGAAGGAGGACAACAAGGGCUAUCUGCGCAACGUGAUCACCGGCGAGCAUUAUCGCUUUGUGUCCAUGUGGUGGGCUGCCUGGAGCAGCUAUCCAGCCGCAUUCAUUGUCAUGCUGCUAUUUACGUUUUCAGUGUCCAUGCUGCUGCGCUACUCGCAUCAUCAGAUCUUUGUGUUUAUAGUAGAUCUGCUGCAAAUGCUGGAGUACAAUGUGUCGGCACGUUUCCCCAUCGCGCCCCUAUUGACGGUCAUACUGGCGCUAGUAGGCAUGGAAGCGAUUAUGUCGGAGUUCUUCAAUGACACAACAACUGCUUUCUACAUAAUAUUGAUUGUCUGGAUCGCGGAUCAAUUUGAUGCCAUCUGCUGUCACACGAGCAUUACGAAACGCCAUUGGCUCAGAUUCUUCUACCUAUAUCAUUAUGCCUUCUAUGCGUAUCACUAUCGCUUCAGUGGACAAUAUCGUAGCCUGGCCCUGCUCUCGUCGUAUCUCUUCAUUCAGCACUCCAUGGUAUUCUUCUUUCAUCGGUACGAGCUGCCCGCCAUUAUGGCACAGCGUCAUGUCUUCUUCAUCACGCGAAAUCAAGCAAAUGCGGCAGCUGCUGCUGCCGCCGCUGCCGGCGGCGGUGGGGGCGGUAAUGGCGGCGCUGCUCCAGCGCCAGCUGUAGCUGGUCAACAGGCGGCGCUGCAACGUGCCCGUGUCAUUGUGAUGCGACUGUAUAGACAAUUGGCUGCCCAGCGUCAGGGCCAGGCAGCAGCAAAUGGAGCAGUUGGAGCAGGAGGGGCAGCAGCUGGUGGCGGCGGCGAUGCUGCACGAGCCGCACACAACAAUCCCAGCGCUGCGCUGGCAAAUGCUUUGGGUAAUUUGAGACGGCUGCCAUUGGUGGGGCACUGGUUGCACGGACGCGCCCAGUUUGCCACAGAACGACGGGUAUUCCUUGGCCGCGGCCAUGGUCAUGGACAGAUGAUGCAUGUCCGGCUGCAGCGCAUCAAUAUGGCCGAUAUACCUGGACUGCAGACGCGUGCGGCAGCGGCCGUAGCAGCAGCCAAUGCUGCCGCAGUGGCUGCCACAGCAGCAGCACAGGCAGCAGCCCAGGCAGCAGCAACAGCAGCCGCAGCAGCAGCAACAGCCGCCGUCGCAGCAGCGGCAACAACCGAAGAUGUCGAAUCAAAUCAUGGACAAGGACGAGACCAAGCGCCGGCAGCAGCAAACAGCAUCAAUGAUGCAGGAGUAACCGUGCGGGAGACGGCAGCAGCUGAGGCAGAAACAUUAGCUGUAGCUGGGGCAACAGCGGAAACAGCUCAGGCCAAGCAGCAUUCGGAGCAGGGUUUCGAUCUAGGGCAGGCAGGCGUGUCUAAGAUGUUGAAAAAUCUAAAUUCCGCUGCAGCGGAUAUUAUAAAUAUGCCGGAUACGCUUGAAACUACUACAGCAACAGCAACAGCAACAGCAAUAGCAGCAACAACAGCAACAGCAACAACAACAGCAGCAAUGGAAAGCCUGACUGAGUUACAGCCUCAGCUGCUGCCCACAUUGGGAAAGCAAUUAGCAAAUAAUUUGCCAGCUCAAAGAGCGCAGCAGACGCCGUCGUCAUCAGGUGAAAAGGAAAGCAGUUCAACUGACCAGCCGAGGCAGAACAAACCAGCAGCAGGAGAAGAAGCAGUCGCCUUCACGUCAAAACAAGCCGGAGCAGACGUCCAAGCAGCAGCAGCAGCAGCUUGGGCCAAUCCAAGCACAAUGAUGGAUGGCAGGCAAACAGUUGAUUUUAUAGAAGGCGACAGCUUCACGUCAACAGCAAAUUACAACGCAACAAACCACAUGCAGCAGCAGCAGCAGCAGCAGGAGGAGGAGGAGGCGCUGGAGGUGCUGCCUGCUAAGCUGAUGAAAACUCUACCGCAUACAUCAAACCAAGUGACAACAGCAGCAGAAGCCGCAACAACAGCCCACAACUGAGUAAGAAGACACAAAGCCCACAGGACAUUUGGUGGGCCGAGCGGGCGGGCAUUGAAGGGGUUAGCCCCAAAUUUAAACGGAAACCAACAACAAAAAGCCAGAUGUUAAGCGAACAUAUAAAAGAGCUAGGAAAUUUUAGAUAAUUUGCCGGGUGUACUUAUGUCUAGAGCAUGCUGAGCGAAUGUUACUCCAUGAGUAAGCGUGUCUGGGCGCGUGUGUGUGUGUGUGUGUGUGCGAGCGAAAGCGGGGGUGUGCGUGCGUCUGUGUGCGCGUGUAUCUAGACAAACUUUCUGAUUUUUGGUACGGUAAAAAAAAGUGAAAAAACUGUGUUACUUAGUGAUUUUUUUUAUUAUUUUUUUGUUUGUUUUUAACUACAGAAAUAAUGUUUGUUAGCCAUGGCAACGGAUCGCGAGGUUCAGCUCACUUUUUAAUUAGCUGCAGUUAAAAAAACUUGUUUUCCUUUCGUUUGCAAUAAUAAAAUAAAUAAACUUUAAAUAAACAACAA